AUGAAGAUGGCCGCAGCAUUGGACCGCCUCCCAACAGAGAUCCUACCUGGGAUUCUGAAAUUUCUGGGCUGCCAUUGCAGCGGGAAACACCUUCCGGAACCACCAGAUGCGUAUAUUCGUGGCGACCGGCAGGAGCAAGCAGCCAUCUGUCCGCAACUGCGGAAACUCAUCAGCAAGGACGAGGCGGACGCCCUCCGGGUGGUGGCACACGCAUCAGGGAUUGAAGAACUGCAGCUUCUCUCAGCUGCUGACCUGCUUACUUCCCUACGACUGCAGCGAUCACUUUCAGCUGUCAAUGCGGUGCGAUAUCUCAGCCGCCACCGCGCAACACUUGAAUCUCUGCAUCUUGACCUUCGAAAGCGGGGUCACACCCAAGAUGGCCCGGAGCCACGGGCUAUCUUCAGCCUUCGAGAGUUCACUGCGCUGAAACAUCUGUUUCUUAACUUGGACGAGUUCUACACCCGGUUCUGGGCAGGGUCUCAUGGAGGAGAUCCAGAACUGCUCGUCCAACUUCUUCCUCCUGGCAUCACAUCGAUACAUCUAACGCGCCAUAUCACGGGGGGAGCUUCCUCGCCUGGAGGAAAGCCUGCUGGACCUUGCUCACGCUGCUUCGAGCGGCCAAUUCCCGAGGCUGGCGCAGGUUAG